CCACCACCAACCGUCCCACGGUCCAACCCCACCACCACCGCCACCACAAAAAUCCUUCUCUCCACCACCGUUCCCAUCUUGCGCUCCACCUCCGGUUCCCGUUCCCCCAACCUCACCUCUAGCGUCGCCGCCCCAUGGAAGCGGAGUGAAGAAGCGAGCGAGCCAGCGGGUUGGUGCUGCUUCUGCGGCUGCUUCGGAUUCCUUGGCAUGGCCACAGAGCUUACCGGAGCAAUGGACAGGGGGAGCCUUUGCCAUGAGUUUGAUACUGGCCUCCCUGCUGCCGACGUGUGGGAGGUCUAUGGAGGCCUCCUUGUCGGAGAGUUAGUCCCCCAAUUGCUCCCUAAAGUGUUCUCAAAGGUUGAGCUUGUAGAGGGAGAUGGUGGCGCUGGAACAGUCUUGCUUGUCACCUUCUCUCCUGGUACUCCUGGAUCAGAAACUCUCAAAGAAAAGUUCAUCAAAGUCGAUAAUGAAAACUACAUCAAGGAGACAAUAGUAACUGAAGGAGGUUUUCUAGAUCAUGGCUUUCAGAAAUAUUUGAUACGAAUUGAGAUUAUAGGAAAAGAAGAUAAGACAUCCAUAAUAAGAUCAACCAUCGAAUACGAAGUCGACGAUGAGCAUACAAACAACGCCCCUGUUGUCAGUACAGGAGGUUUAGCUGCUAUUGCCGAGGCCGUCACGAAGUAUAUCAAGGAGCAGAAGAGUCCGGAGCCAGCUCCCGAACAAAGUUCAGAAGAACAAAGCAUCCAAGGAUCCAACUGAACUGAAGUGAUGUGAAAAACUUAUUUGAGCAAACUCCUUCUAAUUCUUAUUUACUAUGUUCCUGGUCAUGUCUAUGUGUUGGAUAAUACCUCAAAUACUAGUCCUAGUCAGGUACGACUCCUCAAGCGUCAAUAAAUAUAGGCUACAAUUGUAUAUGUACCUUUGUACCAUCAAUAAUAGAUUUAUCUUAUGUGGUUGUAUUGAAGGGUUUUUCUAUAUAAAAUAUUUCGUUUCUCGUGUCAAA